AGUGCGUCUGGCUCUCAGCCUGCCCGCGCACCCUCCUCGCUCCUUUGAAGUGGCUGAAACCGCUGGGGGAUCUCGCCGGAAGUCUUCUGAGCCCAAGCAUUUGUCGGGAAUGGUUGCAUGGUCAGUUUCUUGGGAUGUCACGAUGGGCUUCACCAAUUCUCAGCCAACGGUGAAGGGACAUGUCGUUGACCACCAGAGGAGCACCUGGCCCAGCAGCGGGCAGUGGCUUCCGUGGUGGGUUCCUUCGCAGCCCCCGCCCUUGCUGGGGACGGUCUGCUGGCUGAUCCUUUUUGGCCUUGGCAGAUUUCCCGGCCCCUAGCCGCCUCCCUUUGAACAACUAAGACUUUGGCUUUGACUUUGCGCCUGCGCGUCCGAAGGCGGCCCAUGUAGGGCGCAGGCGGGGUGAAAAACAAGAACUUCUUUGGUUCAAAAACAUCAUCCCGGAAAUGAAAUCAACUCCGGAAACAAAAUAGCACGAAGUCGUCCAUCAAGGAGCGCCACAAGUCCACAUCAGCAGCCACCGUAUACCAAGUUCCCAACCCGUUGUACCUGCAGAAUUUUUCGAAGUAAGUUUCCCAAGUUGCAAAUGGUCUUCCGACCUUUCGCCGGCUGGCAAGGCGCCAAUUCAGUACACGUUUUUGGUCCAAC